AAUCGAAUCCAAUCUUUUCUGUUUUGUGAAAAUCACCAUCAAAGAUUAGUUUGUUGUGAUUGUCUCUUGUGAUUCUAUUUCUAGUUACAUUGAGUCCAUAUAUAGUAUAUUGAUGGAUCAUUAGCUAUUGAGUUUUCAGUUUUGACUCCCCCUGUUUUCUACUUUCUCUGCUGGUUGUUAUUCAUCUGUUUACUGCUUGGGCUAUUUGCUGAGUUCUUCAGUAGCGAAAAUGGCAACAGUAACAGCCUCACACUUUAUAUCAAGAACUUCUCAUGUCAACCCUGCUGGAUCAGAAACUAGACCAAAUGUCACUCAGAUAGGCUUGAAGAACCAAACUAUGACCCACAGUGGUUUAAGGUCUUUGAACAUGGUGGAUAGGCUGCAAAUGAGAACCCAAGUAAAAGCCCUAGCCAGAGAAGCCAGUUCAAACGGGCCUACAGCUGUGAAUGACAAACCCUCAAACAAGAUUGUUUGCAGCCAAGGAAUGAACUUGGUUUUUGUGGGAGCUGAGGUUGGCCCCUGGAGUAAAACUGGUGGACUUGGUGAUGUUCUUGGAGGACUACCCCCAGCAAUGGCUGCUAGAGGACACAGAGUAAUGACAGUCUCUCCUCGUUAUGACCAGUACAAAGAUGCAUGGGAUACAAGUGUUGUGGUGGAGAUUAAUGUUGGGGAUAAAGUUGAAACUGUUAGAUUCUUCCACUGCUACAAACGAGGUGUCGAUCGUGUCUUUGUGGAUCACCCACUGUUCCUGGCGAAGGUAUGGGGCAAAACUGGAUCCAAAAUCUAUGGACCUGUGGCAGGAACCGAUUAUCAGGAUAACCAACUUCGAUUUAGUUUGUUGUGCAAGGCUGCUCUUGAGGCGCCAAGGGUUCUGAAUUUAAACAGUAGCAAACAUUUCUCAGGACCAUAUGGAGAGGAUGUACUCUUCAUUGCCAAUGACUGGCACACUGCUCUUCUGCCGUGUUACCUGAAGACCAUUUACAAACCUAUGGGUAUUUACAAAACUGCUAAGGUUGUCUUUUGCAUCCACAACAUUGCAUAUCAAGGCAGAUUUUCAUUCUCAGACUUCUCACUUCUCAAUUUGCCAAGUGAAUUCAGGAGUUCUUUCGACUUUAUAGACGGGUAUGAAAAGCCUGUGAAGGGAAGGAAAAUCAAUUGGAUGAAGGCCGGAGUGCUAGAGUCAGAUAGGGUCCUAACUGUGAGCCCAUACUAUGCUCAGGAACUUAUGUCGGGAGUUCAAAAGGGUGUUGAAUUGGAUAACAUCAUUCGUAAAACUGGCAUCACUGGGAUUGUAAAUGGCAUGGAUGUUCAAGAGUGGAACCCUGCCUCAGAUAAAUACAUUGAUGUCAGAUACAAUGCCACAACUGUUAUGGUUGCAAAACCCUUGCUGAAGGAAGCCCUUCAGGCUUAUGUUGGUUUGCCCGUUGACAGGAACGUCCCUUUGUUUGGCUUUAUUGGUAGACUAGAAGAGCAGAAAGGUUCUGAUAUUCUAGCGGCAGCUAUUCCAAAGUUCAUUGGAGAGAAUGUUCAGAUAGUAAUCCUCGGAACUGGCAAGAAGGCCAUGGAAAAGGAGAUCCAACAGCUGGAGACAUUGUUCCCCGGCAAAGCUGUAGGAGUAGCGAAGUUCAAUAUCCCCUUGGCCCACAUGAUUAUAGCUGGAGCUGAUUUCAUGUUGAUCCCUAGUAGAUUCGAACCAUGUGGUCUAAUUCAGUUACAUGCCAUGCGAUAUGGAACGAUCCCUGUUGUUGCCUCAACCGGUGGACUUGUCGACACUGUCAAAGAAGGUUACACAGGAUUUCAAAUGGGAGCCUUCAAUGUUGAAUGUGAAGCAGUUGAUCCAUUAGAUGUGAUAAAAAUAGCAAAAACUGUCGUUAAAGCUGUUGCAAUCUAUGGCACUGCUGCCAUGAAAGAAAUGAUCCAGAAUUGCAUGGCCCAAGAACUUUCCUGGAAGGGUCCAGCUAGACUGUGGGAAAAGAUUCUGUUGAACCUGGAUGUUGCUGGCGGUGAAGCCGGUGUUGAAGGGGAGGAAGUUGUUCCUCUUGCCAAGGAAAAUGUUGCCACUCCCUGAUCUCAACAAAUCUAGUAUUCAUUUUAGCUGCUUCCAAUAAUAACCUGAAAGUGCAGGAACUGAUGCAUUUCUGAAGUGCCUAUGUAUGCUCUUCUCACAUACUCCCACUUGGUCAUUGCUGCGAGCUUCGAUGCCUGGAGGAGGAAAAUACAGCUUUGGUGGUGCAGUGGUGUGUUUAUUUUAAGGGUAGAUGCAUAAAUAUAAAUCAGAGCAAACAUCUGUUUUUGUUAUUCGAGGUAGCAUAAGUAACAGUUGUCCACUCUUUUAGCAUAAAUAAUGUAUAGUCCGUUGAAUUUCCAAGUCUAUCUUGUGCUUCUGCUGCUAAUUUUGGUUCUUGGGCUGGGCCUUAUAUAAGAGGCCUGUUUGAAUU